AUGGAGCAAGCCAACUUCUACGAGGUCGAUUCCCGACCCCCGAUGAGCAGCGGCCAGCACCACCAGCUCCAGACUCCCCUGCCCGGCAGCGCCUACAGCUACAGAGAGGCUCCCUCGGCGGCGGCACCUGCUGCGGGCGGCGCGGAGCUCGGCGACAUCUGCGAGAACGAGAACUCCAUCGACAUCAGCGCCUACAUCGACCCCGCCGCCUUCAACGACGAGUUCCUGGCCGACCUCUUCCAGCACAGCAAGCAGCAGGAGAAAGCCAAGGCCAUCCUGGCCGGGGAUUUCGACUUCCACAGCAUGCAUGGGGCCGGCGCCGCCGCCUCGGCGCCGGGGCACCAGCAGCAGCACCACCAGCAGCCGCUCUUCGGCUGCGUGGCCGGCUACAUGGACGGCAAGCUCGACCCCCUCUACGAGCGCAUCGCCGCGCCCGGCUUGCGGCCGCUGGUGAUUAAGCAGGAGCCCCGCGAGGAGGAGGAGGUCAAGUCGGCGGCCCUGUCGGCCCUCUACCCCCACCACGCUCCGCAGCAGCACCCGUCCCACCUGCAGUACCAGAUCGCCCACUGCGCCCAGACCACCAUGCACCUCCAGCCCGGGCACCCCACGCCGCCCCCCACGCCCGUGCCCAGCCCGCACCACCCGCACCACCCGCACCCCCCCGGCGGCCUGCCCGCCCCCGGCGCCCUCAAGAUGAUGCCCGCGGACCACCGGAGCAAAUCGAAAAAGACAGUGGACAAGAACAGCAACGAGUACCGGGUGCGCCGGGAGCGCAACAACAUCGCGGUGCGCAAGAGCCGGGACAAGGCCAAGCAGCGCAACGUGGAGACGCAGCAGAAGGUGCUGGAGCUCACCACCGACAACGAGCGGCUGCGCAAGCGGGUGGAGCAGCUCACCCGCGAGCUGGAGACUCUGCGGGGCAUCUUCAGGCAGCUGCCCGAGAGCUCGCUGGUGAAGGCCAUGGGCAGCUGCGCCUAG